GUUUAUUUUUUGCGUGCAACAACUUUCUGUCUGUUUUCUGUUCUUUUCGCUUUCAUUGCGCGCAGCACACUACAUUUCAUUUUGGCCACUUAAGCUUGAAUUUUGUUUCAGCCCAGCAGCAAGAGGGGCAAGUAUUUUUCUUGCAAAUCGUCGGCAUUUAAUCCAAUUUUGUGUUCUGCCGCUUUGGCUUGUGCACCAUGGAAAACAUAGGGACCUAAAGUGUUCUAUUACUCGAUUUAGUAUGAGGAGAAAAUUUAAAUCAAAUACUAAUACUAAUACUAAUACUAUGAAUCAUCACAUAAAUACUGGUUCUAUUUCAACUGAAAUUUGAUGGCCACAUUAAUUUUUAACCAAAACACUAGUUCGUUUUGCAUUUAAGUUGGUAAUUAAAUACCAUCUUUUGACGCGAUGUUAAUUUAUGAAAAUGUAAUAUUUAUGCAACUUAUUUUCGUGGUUUUUGCCAUGGUAACGCUGGUCGGAUCGUUAGCGCCGUUGGCCAUUUUAAAUGCUGCGAACACAACUCAAUUAAGCCUGUUACUGACGAAGGCAGUGCCAGCCUCCCACUUGGCCAUUUCCAUUCCGGGCCCAGAGUUAGAGGCGAUUCCGGACACACUCCACGCCAAUCGACGGCAGUCGGCCGAAGUGGCAUGGAAUUGGGAUGGCCGGCGGUUGAGUUCGGUUCGGUUGGAUUCGGCCGGGUCAGGAUGGACUCGGAAUAUCUGUCUGCCCGGCUGGCAGGUGUACAAGUCGUUUUGCCACUCCAUUGCAGCAGAUUCGAACGCCUGUGCGAGUGUCCGUCCUAGCCACGCCUUCAAUGCAAUCAGCCAGCAAGCAAGUGAAAACUUUGCGGAGGGAGCGCCGGAAGCCCGGAAAAGCACUGCUGCAUAAUAGAAAUUCAUUGCCAAAUUGCAUAGAAAAUCGCUGGGGGCGCUAAGAAGGUGCCUCUGGGCAAGUUGGCCGCAUCUUGAAAGUUAUUCCACUGAACUCUCACCAUCCCAUCCCAGUGGGGAACAGCGAUUUUAAUUACCGCAAACGGCGCUAGACUGUAAGCGCAUUACGUGUACGCAGCGUGGUAAGUGCAGCUGAUAAAAUCACAUUGAAUGCAAGUUAAUUAAAGGAUGGGCGCCAUGCCCAAAGAGUACUCUCGACUUGACUUUAAUUAAAACAUUAUCAGAACAAAAGCAGCCUUCGUUCCGCCGCUCAGGGACGAAUGGUCUCCAGGAUCCAGUCCAUGUAAUCGGCUACCCGUGUGUAGACACCUGGCCAACCCUCUAGUCCGCAGCGGUUGCCAAAGGAGACCACGCCCUCCUGGUACCACGCCUGGUUGAAGCCCCUUCGCAUCAGUGGUCCGCCGGAGUCGCCAUCACAGCUGUCGCGGUAGAAUUCCCCGCCAACACAGAGCUGGGAACUGAUCAGGUGGAUAUUCCUCGUGGCGAACUUUCCCGCGCAGUAAUCGUGGUCAUUCACCGGCAGAUCCAAUCGCUGCUUGAUGGUGCUCUUGCGGGCUGAAGAAUAAGAAUUUGAAUCAAUUAGUUAUGAAAUUUUAGGUACUUCUAGGUCAGGAGCUUCAAUUGAUAUCUUUAGAGUAUAUAUAAGUAUCUUUAAUAUCCAAACUCACCUGUUGUGGUCCGGCCCCACCCGCUGACCACCAAGAGCUCGCCGGUAUUGAUGGCCAUACGUGUGCUGACCAAAGGCAAACAAACCGGCUGAAUAUACUCAUUAAGCAAAACGGGACGAUCUAAUCGCAAUAAGGCAAUGUCGUGAAUGCGGUUCUUGUUGGCAGGAUCAUAUUGGGGAUGUACCGUGGCCUGUU